AUGGCUAUUGCCGCUGAGACUCCCUUCACGCUUCAUAUCUCCGACGAGGCGCUCGCCGAACUUGACAAGAAGCUCGCUCUGACUCGUCUACCAGACGAGCUUGAAGGCGCCGGCUGGGACUACGGUGCCCCCCUCUCACACAUCCGUCGUCUUGUAGAUCGUUGGCGAAACGGGUUCUCAUGGCGCUCCGCUGAAGAAUCCAUCAACCGGUUGCCCAUGUUCACGCGCUCACUUGAAGUGGACGGCUUUGGCGCGCUCGAGCUGCACUACGUCCACCAACGAAGCCAACGUUCUAAUGCGAUCCCUCUGCUCUUUGUACACGGUUGGCCGGGAUCCUUUCUCGAAGUGGAGAAGAUACUGCCCCUGCUUACCGCGCCCACGGACGAAGAAGCGCCGGCGUUUCACGUCGUUGCGCCCAGUCUUCCAGGCUUCGGCUUCAGCGAGGGGCCUCAUCAACCCGGCUUCCACCAUGCUCAAAUGGCAGAGAUCUGUCACAACCUUAUGCUCGCUCUUGGAUACGAGCAGUAUGUCACGCAGGGUGGCGAUGUCGGCAGGCGUGUUACGCAAGUUCUCGCGAGCGUGUAUGCGCCUAAGCACGUCAAGGCAUGGCAUACGAACAUGGGCCACCCGGCCGAGCCGCCGCGCUUCACGUCGAGCCCGUUGAAGUGGCUUAGCUAUACGCUUACUCCCUUCACGGACGAAGAGAAGAAGGGCUUUGCAAGGAUGAAGUGGUUCCAGAGCACGCAGCUUGGGUACUACAUGAUGCACGCCACCAAGCCACAGACGCUUGCGUAUUCGCUAUCCGAUUCGCCGGUCGGACUUCUCGCGUGGAUAUACGAGAAGCUCGUGCUCUGGAGUGACGAGUAUCCUUGGGAAGACGAUGAAGUAUUGAGAUGGAUCACCUUAUAUUGGUUCUCGCGUGCGGGACCCGGUGCAAGCACGCGCGCGUACUUGGAGCGCCGAGCCGCGGAGGCGCAGUAUCAAGCUAUGCCAAAGCCUGUCGCGCCUAUGGGGAUUUCGUACUUCCCGAAGGAGGUUCUUCCCGUACCGCGCUCGUGGGUUCACACGGUAGGCGACGUUAUAUACGAGAGCUCUCAUAGCAAAGGGGGACACUUUGCAGCUCAUGAGGUCCCGGAGGAGUUGGUCAAGGAUGUACGCGCGAUGUUUGGGCGGGGUGGCCCGGCAUAUGGAGUGGUAGCAGGUGCAGAGGGCUAUUCAGUACCCCGCCACUGA